CUCGUGUCCCGGAGAUCCAUUCAUAUCGAGCAUCAUGGACAUGCUCAUUAGCAACACCGGUCUGACUGUUGUCUAUGAACCGGAGUCUGGCUUCCCAGUUGCUGACAUUGUUCUUAUCCACGGCCUUCAGGGACACCCGUACAAGACAUGGGCAUGCAAAAAAAGCCAAUCAGACUUCUCGUCAGUGACUACUCCCAGUGUCAAGGUAUCCGACAGUGGCAAUGGCAGUCGAAAAUCAUACGACCGUGUUGUACCACGAUUUGAAUCAUCAUUCGCCGGGGGUGGCUCGAGUCAGAAACACGGCGACCUGUCAAGAAAUGGCAAGGAUGCGAAGGAAGUUAGUGUCUUCUGGCCGAACGAUCUACUUCCAGUCCAAUAUCUAAAUGUACGAAUCCUGGUGUAUGGAUAUGACAUUAGGGUGAUAAACUACUUUGUUGGGCCGAUAAACGAGAACUCUAUCCACUCCCACAGUAAGGAUCUCCUCUCUUUACUGGCGGCGGCGCGGAGGCUUGAUUCUCCCUUGGUUCUCAUCGCACAUAGUCUUGGAGGCAUCAUAGUCAAAGAGAUGCUGGCAAAAUCGUCGGCUUCGACUGACGGCAGACUGAAAGACGUCGUCGCUUCGAUAGCUUCUGUUAUAUUCUUAGGCACUCUGCAUAGGGGUAGCCGCGACCUAGCUAUACUUGGAGAUUGGGUUAGAAGCAUUAUUAGUAAUGCCUUGAGGAUGAGAAUAAAUCUGUCUAUACUGAAUGCACUCCGAUUGAAGAUAAAUGACCUCGAGCACUUCCCUGCUAUUACUAUCAACGAUUGUCCUGAAAUCGUUAUGGAGGACCACAAUUACUUAGAUAUUGUCGAGUUUGUAAGGCGUCGGCUCGGACUGGGUAUGACUGCAAAGCGUGUUGAUCAACAAGCUGUUGAAAAAAAGAUAUUGGAAAAGUCUGGAGGAGUGUUUCUUUGGGUUUCCCUGGUUGUGGAAGAUAUACUGUGA